AUUUGAAUAAACAAUUGCAGCGUUAAUCUAGGCACACUUGUGGUGUAGGUUGCCAAAUAAUUGCCAAAAUGUCGGAUAGAAUCUCUGUUAUAGAGUUCCUUGCAGAAACAAAAGAUGAUGUUAAUUCACCAACCACCUCAACUUUUACGUCAAAGAUGUCACUAUGUCGUGCUACUAUAGCAGCAUUGGAAGAGAGCCUGGAUGCCGACAGAUCUGCANUAAAGAAAAUGAAGAACAGCACCAAAGCUAUGUAUAACUCUGGACUUGCGCAAGUAAGCAAUGAGGCAAACUUCAUUGAAAACCUUGAGAAACUAGGAGCUGGUGCGUUGUACAAUGCAAAGGAACCGGAACCUGACAUUGGAUCAGCAUUUCUAAAACUUGCAGUGUUCACUAAAGAAUUGAGUUCCUUGUUCAAAAAUCUGGUAUCCAACAUUAGUAACAUCAUUAUGUUUCCAUUGGAAUCGCUUCUCAAGGGUGACUUGAAAGGCAUAAAGGGGGAUAUGAAACGACCCUUUGAUAAAUCUUGGAAGGAUUACGACACAAAAGUGAAACAAGUGGAAAGAGAGAAGAGACAGCUUGCUAAAGAUGCGGGGAUGAUUCGUAACGAAAUAACGGGGGCGGAGAUUGCGGAGGAAAUGGAAAAGGAAAGGAGAAUGUUUCAGCUGCAAAUGUGUGAUUACCUGAUCAAAGCAAAUGAAAUAAAAACAAAGAAAGGAGUUGACCUGCUGCAGCAUUUGGUUGAGUUUUACCACGCACAAAACACCUUUUUCACCGAUGGAUACAAAGUGAUUGAGCAUUUCCGUGCCUAUGCAGAAGAUUUGACCUCAAAUUUGCAUUCACUGCGUCAAGCUCAGGAUGAAGAAAGAAGGCAGUUGGUUGAAUUAAAAACAAUUUUAAAAACUUCUGUGAGUGAUCCUGAUAAUGCACCCGGUGGAAAAAGUCAAGCAAAUGUUUACAACUUACAUCAACUGCAGGGCAACAAAGAGCUUGGCACAGAGAAGGCUGGAUAUUUAAUGAAAAGGAGUGAGGGCUUGAGAAAAGCUUGGCAGAAACGAAAGUGUAUUGUAGCUGGUGGAUUUCUAACUAUAUCGCAUAAUAAUAUGAACAAAGCUCCAGUGAAAUUAAAUUUAUUGACAAGUCAACUCAAGUUGGUGUCAGAGGACAAGAAACAAUUUGACUUAGUGGCUCACAACCGCACGUACAGGUUCAUGGCAGAAGAUGAUAAUGAUGCUGUUGCGUGGGUAUCAGUGAUUACAAACAGCAAGGAAGAUGCAUUGAACCGAGUAUUUGGUGAUGCUGCUGCGGGAAAAGAUGGAAACGAACAAAACCCUGGCUUACGUGAACUCACACAGUCAGUUAUUGAUGAAGUUAGGAGACUACCCGGUAAUGACAGAUGCUGUGACUGCAAUGCACCAGAACCAACAUGGCUAUCUACAAACCUUGGAGUUUUACUUUGCAUUGAAUGCAGUGGCAUUCAUAGGGACAUGGGAGUCCAUGUAUCUCGUAUUCAAUCUAUUACAUUGGAUGAUUUAGGAACAUCAGAAUUGCUGCUUGCUCGUUCUGUUGGCAAUGAUAACUUCAAUGACAUCAUGGAGGAUAAACUUGAAAGCGAGAUGAAACCGACGCCAAGCAGUAACAUGGAGGAGCGAAAGUCUUUCAUUCGUGGGAAAUACAUCUCUCGUAAAUACGUUGUCCAUACAUGUGCUGAUGAUCCAGAUGCUCUUACUGAUGAAUUGGGACAAGCUAUUCGAUCAUGUGAUGUAUUCUCAUUGCUACAACUGUGGGCAGAAGGAGCAGACAUGUGUGCUCCAUUACCUGGAUAUGAUGACGCUGAAACUGCAUUACAUGUUGCUGUCUCGAUGCCCAACCAUGAUUGCUCUGGUACAGUGUUGCCGCUGGUCGAUUUCCUUGCACAGAACAUAGGGAGUGGCAUGAACAAGAAAACCAUAUCUGGCAACACUGCACUGCACAUCUGUGCAGAGAUGAACCAGACAGAAUGCAUGAAGCUGCUGCUUAGAAGCAAAGCGAGCCCAGAUAUUGAAAACGCUCGAGGUGAAACAGCUCUCCAGAUCACUAGGAGAAUGGAUCAUCCCGGAUGCGAGGAGAUCUUGGAGCAAGCAGCAUCCGGAAAGUUUAGAUCCAUCGUACAUAUUAAUAUAGAUUGGAAUCUCACUUUUAAUGAUGAGGACGACUUUAUAAGCGACGAUGAUUUGGACGACAAGGCAUUGCUAUCAUUGCCUCAACAAUUUAUAGGAAUGUCUCCUGCCAAGACAAACAACAAUAGCGGUGAUUCGCAUCGACACCGUCCUACUUCAUUUAAAGAGCGAACAAGGCCUUUACCUGACGUGCCACCCCCGCCGCCACGUGGCCCUCCGCCUGCCGUGCCACAACACGCAUCAGCUGCUGUGCCACGCGCUCGGAGCCACACGGCUGCACCAGGGAGCAUAGACCCCAGGAAAUCAGGUAUCGAGGGUCGGCCGCCCGCACCAGCCAUACCAAACAAACCAGACCUUCCAUUAAAAUCCACACCUCGUUCAUCAUCGUUGGUUACUGCUAAUAUUUACCCACUACAAGUUCCUACUAAUGAUAUAAGAAGGGAAAGCACUCCUGAAAUCCCCUUAAAAUCAGAAUCACCGUGCAGAAAAUCUCAGCCAAUACACUACACCCCCAACCGCACCACUCCAUACCCAAACUUCAACACCCCGAGCCACAUCGACAUUAUCAGCCAGCUUUCGGACCUUGUAAGCCCGCGGAAAGUCGUCAAAUCCCGGCCUUCAUUCGCCCUCAAGCAUUCCCUGUCCACGAAACGCUCCACCCAGCCACCUCUUCUGUCACCUUCCUCACGAACACAAACAACUUUCCGAACCUUUCAAGUUGUCAGUGGAAAAUCCAAACCUUCACCGACCAACGCUUCUACUCAACCAAGGUCAAUUCUAAAACCCAACCCUUCCAUUGACCGCUUAAGUGGCCGAACCUCCACUAACCUCAACACAACUGCCCCACUUCCAAAGACGAACCACCAAAAUAUCAACCACGAAAUCACCCCUCACUCUCGGCAAAAUUUGACCUUCGCUUCCCCUACCAACUGCACCAACAACGGUUACAGGGGCGAUCGCCAAGAGCAGCCACGAGUACCAUCCAAUAGCCAGCAAUUCACUUUAGAAACACCAGGUUUAAAGCCGGGACAGCCAGGUUCUAUAGAGAAAUCUCGGUCUCUCCCACGAAACUCGAGCCCUUCAGAUUUACGUCCAGAUCCAAAUAGAAGCGAUGCCCCAGUACCGUUGCCAAGAUCUUCGCAAAUCCCACCACCAACACCAAGACCUAAACGUGUGCGCGCCAUUUAUGACUGCGAGGCUGACAACCAAGACGAGUUAACAUUCGUGGAAAACGAGAUAAUUGUAGUUACUGGGGUGGAGGACCAGGAUUGGUGGGUUGGUCACGUGGAGCAUCAGCCCCACCGGGUCGGGGUAUUCCCCGUCAGUUUCGUUCAUAUUCUUAGUGACGGCGCCCCCUAGCGAAAACAGCUUUUAUGAGUUACUUUUCAAGUGAACAAAAUAAUUUUGCAAUUUAUAGAAAAUGACGUAACGAAGGCCUGUCUCUGUGACGUCACACUUAACCUGUAUAUUCCCCAUAUAUGCUCGUAUAUAUCAUAUUUACCCGUAUAUACCACGUGUUCAUACUUUUGCUGCACUCUUGUUGAAGACCCCGCGUUUAAAGUGAAUCUGACCAACGCUUGUAUGUUAUGAGUUCCCGUAACCAGUUCUUGCGCCAAGACACUCCCCCUCGUUUACAUUUUACUGAUACCGUAUCUUAGUAUCCGUGUUUAACCGUCAACUUGUAUUCGUGUUUAACCGUCAACCUGCAUAUCUCUUGUAUUGUGAAAAAAGGAAGACCAAGCGCCAGCCACGUUCAUAUGAGAAGCAUUGUGCCAAACACACCCGAAGGCAACAUAAACUCAUUUUCUCUCUGGCGCGCUCUACUGGCCAUACCAUGUCGCUGUCAAGUGCAAAUAACCUUUAUUAACAACCAGAAGAAAUAAAUGCAAAAAAAAGAACUUUUA